CUUCCUGCAAACACGUUUACUACGUUUACCAGCCGACUGCUGCCGAGUCCAUUCGCCGUGCUCGGACUGUCUACCUUGAGUGCAUAGUUUUAUUUCGUCGCCGAUAUUUUGGUGUUGUGAAAAUGCUCGACCUUUUUACGAUAUUCAGCAAAAGCGGGAUUGUGUUGUGGUGUUUCCAAGGCACGACGCAGUUCUUCACCCCGUCAGUGAAUGCCUUGAUACGCACCGUUAUAUUACAGGAGAGGGGUGGCGACAACUCCUUCACUCACGAGAACCUCGUUCUCAAGUACAAAUUGGACAACGAGUUUGAGCUCGUCUUCGUUGUUGCCUACCAAAAGGUGCUGCAACUGUCAUACGUAGAUAAGUUCCUCGACGAUGUCCACCUGGAGUUCAGGGACAAGUACAAGGCAUGCCUGGAAUCUGGCAAUUUUUUCAGCAACUUCAGCUUCAGCUCAGAAUUUCAGGAGGUGUUGCGCAGUGCUGAGGAGUAUGGGAGAAUGUUGGCUACUCAGCAGAAGAAGAUGCGUACGUUUGAAGAAUCCCUCAAGUCAAAGAAGACAGUGGCGUCCAUGAUAGAGAACAAGAAGGAUGCCAAGCCCGCGGCUACAAAGGGCAAGGAGGCCGCCAAAAAAAAGCCUGAAGGUAAGAAAGAAGCUGCUGCAAAGGAAGCCGUCGUGAACGGUGAUGCUGGAGGCGAUCCCAACGAUGAUGACAUCGCAAAGAACAGGCAGAAGCUGUUCGAGAAAUUGCAGGGAAAGAAAAAGUCUGACAAAGGUGCCAAGAGUCCGGCUGCUGCAAAGGACAAGUCAAAGAAACCUCGUAUUUGGGACCAUGGUGGCAAGUCGUCUGACCUUAAGACCCUCGACUACAGCGGAGGGGUGCCUCCUGAAGGCGAGGAAAAUGGUCGUUCAGAGGAUCUUUUAACUGCAGAGUCGCGCUCAUGGGUUGGCAAAGGUGGUGGUGAAAUCAAGGACAUGGAGUAUUCCGAGAGCGAGGAAGAAAUGGAAGAGGAAGAUGCACCUGUCAGCUCCAAACAGAAGUCAACCAAGGGAGCAAAGUCUGGUGGUAUGUUCGGCAUGUUUCGUGGCUUAGUCGGAUCCAAGAGUAUCACAGCAGAAGACAUGGCUCCUGUGCUGGACAAGCUCAGGGACCAUCUUAUCGCCAAGAAUGUGGCGGCCGAUGUGUCUCAGAAGCUGUGUGAUUCGGUUGGGGCCCGCCUGGAAGGACGAGUCCUGGGCAGCUUCACAGGCGUGGCAUCCACGGUGCGGGCCACCCUGGUUGACGCACUGGUGCAGCUGCUUUCGCCCAAGCGCCGUGUCAACCUGCUGCGAGACGUCCUGGAGGCCCAGCGUGCUUCGCGUCCGUUCGUCAUUACAUUCUGUGGUGUGAAUGGAGUUGGAAAGUCCACCAACUUGGCCAAGAUCUGUUUCUGGCUUAUCGAAAACAACUGCCGGGUUCUGAUUGCCGCCUGCGACACAUUCCGAGCUGGUGCCGUGGAACAACUGCGUACCCACAUGCGUCACCUGAACGCUCUGCACCCACCCGAAAAGCAUGGCGGCAAGCAGAUGGUGCAGCUGUAUGAGAAGGGUUAUGGAAAGGAUGCUGCGGGCAUCGCCAUGGAGGCCAUCAACUACGCUCGUGAAACAAGAAUCGAUGUGGUCCUUAUUGACACAGCUGGAAGAAUGCAGGAUAAUGAACCUCUAAUGCGGGCACUGGCGAAACUGAUUACAGUGAACAAGCCUGACCUAGUGCUUUUUGUGGGGGAGGCCUUGGUUGGCAACGAGGCUGUGGAUCAGCUCGUGAAAUUCAACCAGGCUCUUGCGGAUCACUCGAGUGAGGAGAACCCGCACCUCAUUGACGGAAUUGUGCUCACCAAGUUUGACACCAUUGAUGACAAGGUCGGUGCUGCGAUCUCAAUGACCUACAUCACCGGACAGCCUAUUGUUUUUGUUGGCACGGGACAGACCUACAUUGACCUGAAAACGAUCAAUGCCAAGGCUGUGGUGCACGCACUCAUGAAGUAGACAGCACCAGUGGAAGUUUGGCCGCCUUGGUACCCUGGCCCGGCUACACCCUUUCCGGCCUUUCUUGCUUAGGGCAGUAGCAGCCUUGUUAAGAGUGCCACGCUUUUCCUUUUUUUUGUUGUGAGAAAUAAGCCUUGUUAUACAAA